CACGACGGCGACGGCAGCGACGGCCACCAUUCCCUCCCAAUCCCCCGCACGCAGACCAUGGCGUCGCGCGUGGCCGCGAUGGCGCUCGCUGGCGCCCGCCCUAAGGCCCACGCUCCCUCGCCCACGGACAACACCAAGCUCCCUGCGUGGAGAGCGCAGCCUAGCCUCAACCGCCGCGGCCGGGGCACUCGCGGCCUGAUCGCCCGCGCUUCCCACCGCCCCUCCUUCGGUGCUGAGGAGGGGGUUAUCCAGUGGCUGAGGAGCGCGGCCGCGGCGCUGGCCAUCGCCGCCCAGAUUUCCGUGUCGCUGCCGGCGGAGGCGGUGCUCUACUCGCCGGACACGAAGAUUCCUAGGACCGGGGAGCUGGCUCUGAGGAAGGCCAUCCCCGCGAACCCAAACAUGAAGAUCAUACAGGAAUCGCUGGAGGACAUCUCGUAUUUGCUGAGGAUACCGCAGAGGAAGCCGUACGGUACCAUGGAGGGCGAUGUGAAGAAAGCCAUGAAAAUUGCAAUGGACAACAAGGAGGCAAUCCUGGGAAGCAUACCUGCAGAGCACAAGGAGCAGGGUGCCAAGCUAUAUACCACUCUGCUCGAAGAGAAGGGUGGUUUGCAGACUCUCUUGAAAUAUAUUAAGGAGAAUGACCCUGACAAACUUUCCAUAGCACUUGCUUCGUCACUUGAUACUAUUGGUGAAUUGGAGCUUUUGCAGGCUCCUGGUUUGUCUUUUCUCCUACCCCAACAGUAUUUAGAAUAUCCAAGGCUAACAGGAAGAGGAGUUGUUGAAUUCACAGUUGAAAAAGGUGAUGGUUCAACAUUCUUUCCAACCGGCGGUGGUGAACCAAAAAGUGUUGCCACAAUUCAGGUUGUCAUUGAUGGCUACUCUGCCCCACUGACUGCUGGAAACUUUGCAAAAUUGGUCUUGGAUGGGGCAUAUGAUGGGGUAACAUUGAAAUGUGCAAGUCAGGCAGUUAUUGCAGAUAAUGAGACUGGGAAAAAGGGGUACACUGUUCCAUUAGAGGUCAUGCCUGCAGGACAAUUCGAACCAUUGUACAGAACUCCACUAAGCAUUCAGGAUGGAGAAUUGCCAGUCCUGCCGAUGUCCGUAUAUGGUGCUGUUGCCAUGGCACAUAGUGUGGAUUCAGAUGAAUACUCCUCACCAACGCAGUUCUUCUUCUAUCUUUACGACAAGAGAAACCAAAUUAAUGAACAAGGAUCAAGUGAGAACUUCUACGUGCAUCCAAACGCCUGCAGGUACACCACGGAUGGAAGGGAUGUUCUGUCGCAGAUCAAGACCGGAGAUAAAAUUCGUUCUGCCAAGCUUGUACAAGGCACAGAACGCCUUGUGCUGCCAUCAGCAGCGCCUGAAGAGAGCUGAUAUCAGGCAACCAGCAUUUUGUAUAUUCAAGCCACUGAACCUGACCAAGCCAGUUCAUAAUCAAAUAGAGUAUAUAUAAGAAUCAUUGUACAUGAAACCGUUUUUUCUGGUAUGUCGAUCACUUUGCAAUC